AUGCCGCCAAAAAAAGAUAAACCUUCAGGAGCCCAUAAUAGUGGAACCUGUGAAACAUCUACUUCGACAUCGGAUGCUAGAAAUGAAUCAAUAAAUGAUAUAGAUGAAAAUAUUUCUAAGACUCCUGUAAAAUAUAAUAAUGAAACAUCUACUUCGACAUCGGAUGCUAGAAAUGAAUCAAUAAAUGAUAUAGAUGAAAAUAUUUCUAAGACUCCUACUCCUAUAAAACAUAAUAAUGAAGAAACGUUGACCUCUCCUACUUUAACAUAUUUUCCUUGUGAUGAUAAUAAUAUUGAUAUUGACAUAAAUAGUAGUAAUAGUGCACUUGCGAACAAAACAGUUGAGAUAAGCGAUAAACCGGUCACCGAUGUUUCCAAAUCCGUUGCAUUUAUUUCUCAACCUGAUUUAUUCGACCCAAAUUUAUGGCCAGAUAACAGACAGAAUAACUUUAUAGACAUAGUUAUUAAGAUGGGACCACGUGAAAUAAAUGAUGACAUUUUUCCCAAAGAUGAAAAUAAUCGUCAUUUUUCUAAAAUAUACAAAAUAAGAAAAUUAGACAACAAUGAAAAAGUUAAAAGACGAUGGCUUGUAUAUUCUAAAAGCAUUGAUCGGGUGUUUUGUUUUUGUUGCAAACUUUUUAAUAGUUCUCAUAGUACACUAUCCACAAUAGGCAAUAAUGACUGGAAACAUAUGACAACAACACUUAAUUCUCAUGAAAAAUCACCUGAGCAUUUUACUGCAUACAAAAAGUGGCACGAAUGUGAAUUAAGAUUAAAACUUGGUAGAUGUAUUGAUAAUGACCUGCAACGAGUAAUGAAUACAGAAGUUCAACAUUGGAAAAGUAUUUUAGAAAGGUUAAUAUCUAUAACUUUAUACUUGUCCAAACACAAUCUAGCUUUCCGAGGAUCGUCUGAUAAACUAUUUGAAAGAAAUAAUGUAAACUAUUUAGGGUUAGUAGAACUUUUAGGAAAAUAUGACAAUUAUAUGAAAGAACAUUUAAAUCGAAUAACUACACAAAAACUCAAUAUAACUUAUUGCAGUAAGGAUAUUCAAAAUGAACUUAUAAAUCUAAUGGCCUCCAAAGUUUUAGAAACCAUUCAGCAAAAAGUACAGGACGCAAAAUAUUUUUCUGUGAUAUUAGAUUGUACUCCUGAUGUCAGCCAUUCUGAAAAAAUGUCAUUUACUAUAAGAUUUGUGGACGAAAAUAAUGGCAAUUUACAAGUAGCUGAGCAUUUUAUUGGUUUUAGAGAAGUUAGUGAAUCUACUGGAGAAAGCCUUACUGAGUUAUUGCUUAAGACGCUAAGAGAAAACAAGCUUGAUAUAAUGAACUGUCGUGGUCAGGGUUACGACAAUGGCGCGAAUAUGAAAGGUCAUAAAAAAGGAGUUCAAGCAAUAAUUUUAGCUUUAAACCCUAAAGCGGCAUUUAUGCCCUGUGGUUGUCACUCUCUUAAUCUCGUUAUAUCUGACGCAGCUUCGCAAUCCAAAGAAUCGAUCACACUUUUUGGAAUUGUACAACGGAUAUUUGUUUUAUUUUCGGCUUCUGUUUACCGUUGGCAAGUACUAAAAUCACACUUACCUAACUUGACGGUUAAGCCAUUGUGUACAACCCGUUGGGAGAGUCGCAUAGACAGUGUAAAAGCAAUUCGAUAUCAAACCAAAGAAGUAUACGAUGCAUUAAUUGAAGUGGCGGAAUCAUCUAAGGCAGAUGCUGUAUAUAUUGUAAGUAAAUCUAUGCAAGGGUUUACAAUGGAUAUAGAAAUGGCUUCUUCAUUAUUAGAUAAUUGUGUCAAAUAUAUUAACAAGUAUCGAGAAACAGGGUACGCAGAUGCGUCAAACUCUUCAAAAGAAAUAGCAGAGUCAUUAGGUAUAGACCCAAUCAUAAAAGAAGUACGAGUACGACGUAAGAAAACUUUUUUUGAUGAAAACAACGAUCAAGAUUUUUCGAUUGGCGCCGAAGAACGUUUUAAAAGAGAUUUUUUCUACACUCUUGUAGACACAGUCAGAGAAUCUAUCAAAGAAAUAUUUACUCAAUUUGAAAACCAUAAGCAAUUAUGGGGGUUUCUGUACAAUUUAGAAAAAUUACCAUCUUCUGAACAUCUUUUGGCAUGCUGUAAAGAUCUGCAUGGAGCACUCUCGGAAGGAGAUAGUGCUGAUAUAAAUUCCGUAGAGCUUUACAGUGAACUUAAACAUCUGAGCACACUUUUACCAAUUGGCAAAGGAUCACCUAAAUCAGCGCUCCAGUUUAUACACGAUAUGAAAUUAGUUGAUGUAUUCCCUUACACAUGGAUAUCUCUAAGAAUAUUGCUGACGAUUCCAGUUACUGUAGCUUCCGGUGAACGAAGUUUUUCUAAACUUAAAUUAAUAAAAACUUAUUUGCGCUCCUCGAUGACAGAUGAUAGACUUUCUUCAUUAGCAAUUUUGUCAAUUGAAAAUGAUUUAGCCGAUAAAGUAAAUUAUGAAGAAGCAAUCAAACAGUUUUCUGAAUUAAAAGCUAGAAAAGUUAAGUUUUAA